AUGUUUGUUUUUGCUUUAGAUAAAGGGAGUAAAAGCUCCGGUGGUGACUGCGCCAAUGACUGCCUGUAUGGAGAGGACGAGGAAAACUGCGGCUUAAACCCGAUAAGCGGAAGACCGAAGGUGUACCUAACUCAGAAAAUUCCGCCGGAUGGAGCCGGCCUUGCCCUUCUUCAGGCUUCAUGUGAUGUCGUCAUGUAUGACGAGGAAGAGGACGGCCAGAUCGCCGUGUCCCGGGAACGCUUGCUUAAGGACGUCGUCGGCGCUAACGCCCUCAUUCUCCCCUACCUCGUGAAGGUGGACGCGGAAUUACUAGAUGCUGCAGGUCCACAAUUGAAAGUGAUAUCAACUGUAUCUGUUGGAUUGGAACAUAUUGAUCUGAAAGAGUGUGCCCGUCGGCAUAUCCCUGUCGGAUAUACUCCCGACGUGCUCACCGACUCCGUCGCUGAGGCAACAAUCGGCCUAACGCUUGCCACCGCUCGGAGGCACAAAGAAGGUGUUCAGGCUGUAACAGAUGGCACCUGGGGAAGCACCUGGGAUAACUGUCUCUACCUGUGUGGCCAGGAGCUCAGGGGAGCUACCGUCGGCAUAGUCGGACUUGGACGGAUCGGACUUGGGGUUGCCCGCCGGCUAAGAGCCUUCAGCAUCGGGCGUCUCCUAUACUGUGGUAGAACUGCGAAGAAUUACGCUAGCGACAUCGACGCGGAAUACGUUUCGUUCGACCAGCUACUGAAAAACUCAGACUUUGUAAUCGUCUGUUGUUCAGUCAAUCCCAGAAACCACAAAAUGUUCGACGCUGCUGCAUUCAAAAAGAUGAAGAAAACAGCAAUUUUUAUUAAUACAUCAAGGGGAAUACUUGUUGAUCAAAAAGCCUUGUACGAGGCUUUAACUUCCGGUGAAAUAUUACGAGCUGGUCUUGAUGUGACGUCAACGGAACCGUUUCCACCGGACCACCGUCUUUUGAAGUUACCGAACUGCCUGGUUCUCCCCCACCUAGGUAGUGCAACAUUGCGGGCGCGGCACGGCAUGGUGGACCUGGCAGUGAGGAACACGCUUGCAGGGCUGCGAGGGGAGCCGCUGGAAACACCCGUCCGGAUACAAUAA